AUGUCAGCACCACGUCCACGAGCAGCAAAUGGAACUCCACUUUCGAUUACACAUGAGAUUCGUCUACUUCGUUCUCAAGUGGCUCAAAUGGAAAAAGAGUUACAAGUUCUACAUGACAAGUGGGCGCUAGAGAUUCCAGAUCAAGGAACGUUAUUGAUUGCUCAACACUCAGCAAAAGAAAAACAUGGCGCGAUUCAGACAGAGAAAACACAUGAUGAGCUCCACACGAUGCUUCUUCAACAGCAAUUAUUAUUUGCUACUUUACAGACAGCGGUAUUACGUGCACCAUUGUAUUCGAGUGGACAAGCAGUAUUUGAAGCACUUCAUUUUGAUACACACCUUGGAUAUGAUGAGAAGGAGAGAGAAAACGUGCUCUGGGCUCAUCAACAACGUUCAUUUGCAACCUUGCCAUCGAUUCUCAACAGAUUUACACAAUUAGCAAUUGACAAAGUGACACAGGAGAAUGCUUUGACCAAGUGUGUGAUGCCCGUGUCACAAAUUGAUAUUACAGGAUGCAAGGACUGCACGCUUAUUUCAAGUAUUUACAUGUCAGAGAUCCCACACACGUCGCUUGAGGAAGUGUACAAAGCGGUAUUAGCGUACUUUGACGGUAUUCCGACGUUCAUGAAGCGUCACUUUAAUAUCAAUGCCGAGCGUGUGCAACUUAAUAGUGUUGACUCACCUGUCGUAUACCGUCGCUCGACGUUUCAUGGAGCAGGGAUUCCUUCAAUCGUGAAUAACAUUGUCUGCUCGGAGCUUACGUCGUCGCAUGGAAUGGUACACAUUGACGCUGUUACUGACGACCCUAUGCAUCCAGUUCACCGAAGUACUCCAUCGCAAUACGGAAUUUGUGGAUUAAUGAUCACGCCUCGCAAAGAAGCCGUGACUGGGCGGACAAUGUCAGUGACAUUGCGGUGGGUGGUCGUGUGCAAUUACAACAUAUUGCCAGAUGACCCGGCCCUCACGGACGAACUGGAAAUCAUCCGCCCUAUUUUGAACAGUGACUUGCUCACAGCAACGAUAUGCACCUACAUCCAAGAGCGACAGCGAGAGAACGUUAAGAACCAACUCUAG